AAAACCAUCUUGGCCUGUCUUCUUGUUCUUGCCAUUAGUGUGUCACUGUCCAAUGCUUCUUGCUUCCUUCAGCCAUUGAAGUCAGAGACAGCUAAUGGCUGUCAUGACUGGAAAGGACAGCUGCAUGAAUUUGAUUCCAGCUGGAGGACCAGUAACUGCCUUGACUGCUCCUGUUCCAAGGCUGGAAUUCGCUGCUGCACCAGCUUUGCAUCACCAGUUGGCUAUGAUGAAGAGAAGUGCAUAAAGGUUUUCAAUAAGGAGAACUGCACUUACAAAGUAUUGGAGAAAAAUGAUCACUCCAAAGAGUGCCCAGUCAGUGGGUGGGUGGGUUAA